AUGUCAAAAUCGAGUUCAAUAAAAGAAGCGAUCGGUCGCUUCGAGAAAGAGAACAAUGUCGUGGCCAAUGAAGCUGAGAAGGUGGAUCUGACGGCACAAAUACCUCCUAUCGAGAAAAUGGAUGCAAGCCUCGGCGUUCUCAAGAAUUGCGAGCAAUUGUCUUUGUCGACAAACAACAUUGAGAAGCUGGGCGGCCUCAACAGCCUGCCCAAGCUGAAGGUCCUUUCCCUAGGCCGCAACCAGAUAAAGAAGCUUGAAGCACUCGAUGGCAUAGCUGAGACACUGCAGGAGCUCUGGAUCUCAUACAACCUCUUGGAAAAGCUUGCGGGCGUUGAAAAGCUCGUGAAGCUGCGAGUGCUAUGGAUGUCCAACAACAAGGUCAGAGACUGGGCAGAGCUAGAUCGCCUCGCUGCAAAUGCCUGCUUGGAAGAGCUUCUGCUGCUUGGCAACCCAUUCAACCCUGCACCAGGCACACCCGAGUACAGAAUGGAGGUGCUAAAACGGUUGCCGGGGCUCAAGAAGCUGGAUGGAGUGCCUGUGGAACCAGAGGAGCGGGAAAGUGCAAAGGCUGCCUAG